CUGAAAUCCGGUGUUGGCACUGGAUCUUUGGGUCCUUCAGAAAAGCCAUUUGGGGUUCGCAUCAGCUGCAUGCUGCGUUGGACGAACUCGCCGCUCUGGGCGGUGGGUAGGCCGUCGCCGCCAUCUGCCGCUGCCUAGCCGCAUUACGCACGACGACCAUGUGCGCCUUCUGCACUCGUAUGACAACUCGCAAGCGACCCCGCGCCUGAUCAUAGAUCGGCCGCGGCCUGUACCUUUGUCGACCUGCAAAAGCGGGUCCGAAGCUCAUUGUUCAAAUUGCCUGGCCUCGACCACUCGACUGUACAGAAGCGAGCUAUGGUCUUCUUCGUUGCGCUCGCUGCGCUUCUCGCGCCUCUCUUGGCAGCCCAUCACCCGACGCAUGGCAGCGGCGGCCUCGGCCAUCCCGUGAGCAUUGACAUGCCCAAGGGCGACAACUCGAGCUCGAGCUCGAGCUCGAGCUCGGGCCCCGUGCCUGUCGCUGCGAACGGGUCCGACUCGCUUGCGUCCAUGUACCGUACGUCGACCGACCAGUCGUGGCUCGCACCGCCGCGCAACCUCCACGCAUCCAUCAAGGACAUCCCGAUCCCGACGAACCGCUGGUGGGGCAACCUCAUUAGCGCCGGAAAGGACAACGCCGAGCUGCGCGCAUGGGCCAACCCGUAUGCGGUCGCCAUGCACCGCGAUGCGAUCGGCGUGUCGUACCCGCCGUCGAGUCGCGUCUUUGGCGGCUCCUCGGGCAACGGAAAAGCACCGCGCUACUACCUGCACGGCAUCGGCAAUGACCUCUUUGUCUCGGCCACCGAGCUCAACUCGUCGGGCGCAACGCCGUUCCAGAUCCGCAAGUGGGACGACCUUGGUGUGACCGUCACGGCGUCCGCGGGCGGCAAGAGCGUCGACUCGAGCUUCGUGAGCGGCAUGGCGUACGUCAGCGCCAAGUACAAUGGCCUCACACCCCGCAUCACGACGACGCACGGCAUCACGCGCGUCAACGGCCAGGCCGCGUCGACUGGCGCCUCGAUCCCCUCCGCCUCGAAGCUCGCGCUGACGAUGGACAACGGCAUGGUUUGGGUACUCUACGCCUCGUCGCCACUCUCGUGGUCGCUCACGUCAUCGACCGAGCUCACGGCCACGGCCCCCGCGACGGGCACAACCGUUCGUCUCGCGCUGGCUGCGAAAGGCAGUGAUGGCAGUGACUAUGACGCGUACGCUGACUGCAUCGUCCACGGCGGCAGCGUCACGACGUCGACGACCAGCUACACGUUCAAGUGGGCGACCGAAGGCGCGUGCGCCAAGGGUCUCUUGCACUUUGGCUUGCAGCACCACAUUGAUACGCUCUCGCCGUCGUCCGCAACGCGGCUCACUGCGUCCGGCCUCGCGCUCGAGUCGACGACCCGCGGCAAGCUCUUUGCGCUCGUGACCAAGGAGAGCUGGCGCUUUGACGAGAAGAACCUCGUACCUGCCUCGUUCUUCCCGCGCCAGUCGCCGAACAAGGCGCGUGUCGCGUCGGGCAACAUUCUCAAGGCGCUCCAGGCCGACGUUGAGUCGCCGUGGACGCUUGCGAUCGGUGGGUCGUACUACUUUAACGGCAAGGCCGCCCAAAAGUACGCAUCGCUCUGCCUCAUUGCGUCCGACAAGGCGGUCGUUGGCGACGACACGGCGCUCUUGCGCAGCUGCCAGAAGAAGCUCGAGACCGUCCUCGCCCCGUUCAUCGACAACACGUGGACGUACCCGCUCGUGUACGACAGCGUGUACAAGGGCAUCGUGAGCUCGGAGGGCUUUGUCAAGAAGGACCUCAACGCGGACUUUGGCAACACCAUGUACAACGACCACCACUACCACUACGGCUACUGGAUCGCGACGGCUGCGAUUGUCAACAAGGUGCACCCGAGCUGGUCGCGCCUCAGCGACCUCAAUGCCCGCGCGGCAACGCUCGUGCGGGACGUGGCCAACGCCGACAGCUGCGAUAAGGCGUUCCCGACCUUCCGCAUGUUUGAUUGGUACAAGGGUCACUCGUACUCGCACGGUGUGACCGCGCUCGCCGACGGGAAGGACCAAGAGAGCUCGUCUGAAGACAUCAACUUCCAUUACGGCAUGGCACUCUUUGGGAGCGUGACGAAGAACAGCGCCAUGGCGCGCCUCGGGCAGCUGCUGUUGACGCUCAACGCACGGGUCGUCAAGACGUACUUCCUCAUGGACUCGGGCAACAUUGUGCAGCCGAUCGAGAUGCGCGCCAACAAGGUGCUCGGCAUCUUCUUUGACAACAAGGCCGACUACGCGACGUGGUUCAGCGCGGAAAAGUACUGCAUCCACGGCAUCCAAAUGAUCCCGACGACGCCCGUGACCGAGUACGUCCGCACCAAGAAGUUUGUCCAGGAAGAAUGGGACGAAGUGCUUGCGCCGCUCCCGCUCAUUGCCAAGAAGCAAGUCGACAACGCGUGGGCAUCGCUUUUGUACCUCAACUACGCCAGUGUCAACCCCGACGUCGCACUCGACAUGCUCCAGAAGGUGCCCAUGGACGACGGCCUCACGCGUGCGUGGGCCUUGUAUCUGGCGUCCGCCAUGUAGGCCACAGGUGUGCGUACUCUAAUGUCUUCAAAUGUUAUCUAACCAUUCCGUUGUAC